CAACAAAAAAUGAAAUCUCCUUAAAUUUUCUCAAUUUUCUUACGUUUUUCGUGAAGAAUCUCCUUGAAAAUCUCAUGAAAUGGCUCCAAAGAUACGAAUUUCCGCGAAACAAGUGAAAAAAUCGACACCGAAGAAGAAGAAAAAGACAAAAGGACGCAAAAAAGUCCCCUUUAAAGUCCCUCAAGAGAUUCAAGAGAAAUGCAAAGACUGGAUUUUUGACCUGAAAAAGGUCCCUAAAGCUGAAUUUGAUCACGCAACUGUCGAAGAAUUGCCUUCGGAUGAUGACGACGUCGAACCACAGGACGAUUACAACGAAAAUCCCGCAAAUUACGAAUGUUCCUUUCGCAAGUUGCCAAAAUUAAAUCCAAAUGGGCCUCGAGACACGGCAAAAAUGAUGUUGGAAUGCGAAUGGAACGGAUGUACCCAAGAAUUUGUCGAAAUCAAGAAGUAUUUGGAGCAUAUAAACUCACAUAUUGUUGAAUUAAAUGAAUCUGAAGAAGCGGAAGAUCUCAAUUGUAAAUGGAGUUUGUGUAAAUUUGAAGCUCCCGAUGGAAAAUCUCUUCGGCGACACUUGUGUUUUCAUGCCUAUCACACGAGAAUUAAGACUGAAGGCGCGGAUUUAUGCAACACGGUGAAGUUGCCUGUUUGUAAAAUGAGCUCCGAGAGUCGAAAUGUGAUUCCUGAAGUGACGACAGAUUAUUUUUGUCAUUGGGACGGAUGUCAAGAGACUUUUGUGUCGAUUCAGAACUUUUUUGAUCAUGUCGCGUAUCAUAUUUUGCUGGCAUAUCCAACGGCACUCGUAAAAGCCACGGAGGAAAUUGCUUGUAAAUGGUUCAAUUGCGACAAAAAGUACAAACAAAAGAUUCACAUGCAAGCGCAUUGCGUCAAACAUACGGGAGAAAAGGCAAUCGCUUGUUACAAUUGCGGGGCAUCCUUCGUGACAAAGUACAAAAUGGUAAAUCACUUGACGCGACAAAUGGAAGGACAGUACGAAUGCUCGCAAUGCUUCCGUUGCUUCCCCACGGAAAAAUAUUUGCUCGUCCAUAUGAAAGCGCACGUCAAUUACUACAAAUGCACACUUUGUGACAUGAGUUGCGCUUCCAAAUCUCAACUUGCCAAGCACAUUCGGUAUCGACACAUCGCCGAAAGACCUUUUACGUGCGACAAAUGCGAUCACAAAUCCGUGACAAAACGCGAUCUCGAAACGCAUCUUCGUACCCAUGACAAGGAAUACGCCCUCAAAUGCCCCGUUGUCGGUUGCAAAUACAAAUGUCGCUAUUUAGCUUCCUUGCAAAAGCACGAGGAGCAACAACACGGCGAAAUGACGUCGAAAAUCUACAAGUGCCAUAUCUGUGAUAAGACUUUCAACUACGGAAAACGACUUUCGAGACACUUGAUUGCUGCUCAUAACUACCAAUAUCCGCCGGGACACUUGCGUUUUCGUUUCGUUCAAGACGAAGAUGGAUUUUUCAAGUUCCAAUCGAUGCGAUUGGAGUCUUUGGAAGUCACGAAACAGAUAAUGUCGCAACAGGACAAGGAAAAACAAGCGAAACAGGAUGCGGCGAGCCCCGUAAAGCGCAUUGAAGACUUCGAUAUGAUGAAAAAGUACUUGAAACCGGCAAAGGCGAGUUCGAAUAUCGUUAUUGAAGUAACAGAUACUGACGCGAAGGGAAAUAAAAUUAAGUCGGAGACAUUCCAAGUGGAGGAAUUUGUUGUGAAUUGAGAUUUUGU